AUGGACAGUUUCAAUUGGACAAAAAACAAUACGAAGAUUGUGCGAACCGCCUCCAAUCCAGACGGCUUCGAUCGAAAACAUGGAGAGCACCGCCUAACGCAUGUUGCGUGCAGCUGGGGUGCGGGGCGGGCCUCUCUUGCCUUACCAUUUUUUCCCCUAAAAAUGGUGAGACGACGUUUGUUUCGCCUUAAUAGAGGAUUUGCACACCCCACUGAUCCCGCCCGGCUGCCCCUGCAUGCGUUACAACUUGCCCAGAAAUGGCUUGGCAGCUUGGUGGGCAACGGGCCAGUACGCCCGCCGCGAACUGUACCAACACCAGCCACCUUGUUUACAAACGCCUCUCUGUACGGAUGGAGCGCAUUGCUAUUUGCAGAUUCGGGAUAA